AUGCCGACCAGUGCAGGCGAACAGAUCCUCGACCAGGGCGUCGGCUACGGCGUCGUCCUCGGCAUCGGCAUCGUCUUUGCGCUGAUCAUGGUGUGCCUCUCCGCCCUGCAAAACCGGUACACGUCCUUCAAAAUCGCCUCCUCGGAGGAAUUCAACACCGCCUCGCGCUCCGUCAAACCGGGGCUCAUCGCGUCGGGCAUCGUGUCGGCCUGGACGUGGGCCGCGACGCUGCUGCAGAGCUCGACGGUGACGUACGAGUACGGGAUCGCGGGCGGGUACUACUACGCCGCGGGCGCGACGCUGCAGAUCCUGCUGAUGAGCGUGCUCGCGGUCCGCGUGAAGACGAUCGCGCCGUUCUGCCACACGUAUCUCGAGAUCGUGCACGCGCGGUACGGGAACGCGGGGCACCUCGUGUUUGUGCUGUUUGCGCUCGCGACGAACUUGAUCGCGUCGAGCGAGAUGUUGGUCGGUGGGAGCGCGGUGUUGAAUGCGUUUACGGGGAUGAAUGUGUAUGCGGCGAAUUUUCUGAUUCCGGUUGGGAUUGCGCUGUAUGUGAUUCUUGGUGGGCUGAGGGCGACGUUUUUGUGUGAUUAUUCGCAUACGUUCAUUCUCAUGAUUCUGAUUCUGUACUUCUACUUCUUCACCUAUUGCGAGACGGACCUCAUUGGCGGUUUGGAUGGCAUGUACGAGCUCCUUCGGCAGGCGGGUCAGCAAAGGCCAGUAUCUGGCAACUAUCAAGGGUCCUACCUUACGUUCAAAUCUGACUACGGACUUGUUUUCAUGGUAAUCCAGAUCGUGGGCGCCUUUGCUAUCUGCGUUCUCGACCAAAGCUACUGGCAGCGGGCGAUCGCCUCUAAGGCGGACACGGCCGUGCGUGCAUAUCUUAUGGGCGGAAUUGCGUGGCUUCCUGUUCCGUUGACAUUCUCGACGACAAUGGGUCUGGCUGCCAUUGCGCUGACGAAUAAUCCUGCGUUUCCGUACUAUCCAGAUGGUAUGACCGCUGCCCAGAUCAGCGCUGGACUCGCUGCGCCUGCCGGGGUCGUGACGCUCCUAGGAAAGGGAGGUGCUGCAGCAAUGCUUAUUCUAUUGUUCAUGGCCGUGACAUCAGCAGCCUCUUCGGAGCUCAUUGCGACGUCUUCGGUCCUAACGUUCGACAUCUACCAGAUACACAUAAAUCCUGAAGCAUCCCCGGAAGCACUCGUCCGUAUGUCCCACAUUAUGAUCGCAGUGUGGGCCGUCACCAUGGCCAGCGUCGCAUGUCUCUGGAACGGAAUCGGCCUCUCCCUAAACUGGCUGUUCCUCUCUAUAGGCGUAGUUACGACUGGCGCCGUCGGCCCUGUGAUCAUGACCGUUCUCUGGAAGAAACAGUCGCGCGACGCCGCGAUCGCAGGUGCCGUGGGCGGCUUGUGCGUAGGCAUGACCUGCUGGAUGCUCGUGGCUCGAUACCACUUUGGUGCUAUCACCAUCACCACUACAGGGGAGUCGUACUCCAUGCUCGCAGGAAACCUGGGCUCUUUUUGUUCGGGACCGAUCAUUUCCGCUGUCGUGACCUGGUGGAGACCCGACACGGAUUUUGACUGGUCUCAGACGCGAAACAUCAACCCGCGCGGUCGGCAGCUGGCCAAGAACGGGCUCAGCAUUCUUCCUGAAGGGCUGGAGGCAGGCUCGGUCCCUGCGGCUGACACCAGCCAUGACAAGCAGAUGUCGGAAGAGAAACAAGCAGCGGAAGUCGACGUUUCAUCCAGGUCCGAGGACACCGAGCUGGACGUGGAGGACUACGCUUCGCUUGAGCGGUCGUAUCGCUUCGCCAUCUGGACAGCGAUGACGAUGUCUGUGAUCAUUAUCCUCGUGAGAUUACCGAGCCGUUAA